UGUUGUUUAAUGCCCAGGUGAACUGGAAGUGGAGGAGGUUUUGUUGACAUCAGAAAUAAUAAUAAUAGUAGUGAUACAAAAACCGAAAACAGAUAAAACAUCCAAAAAUAAGAGCUCAGGACAGUCGAGCUUACUGAAAGCAGCCGGCCGUCCUUCUGUCCUGGCUGGCCUCUCCUGUCCUCCUGAUGCCUACAGUCUGAAUGCCCACAACUUUCAGAGGUUUCAGAGGUUUGUUUCUGUACUUCUUCACAGCCUGGGCUCUGCUGUCAUCUUGAUGCCCAGAGUCUGAGGAGCCCCUAGAGCCUUUGUGCCUGGCUCCUCCCACCACACGCUGGUCUCUCCUGUCCUCCAGAUGCCUGAAGCCUGAGCCCCUGUGCCCACCUCGUGCCCUGGUGUUUGGCUCUAAAGUAAUAAGGGGGCGCCACCAUGGCAGCGAAGGCUGGAGACAACCCGGACAGCCUGAUGUCUCUGUGCACAGUGUUCUGUUUAAAGAACCUCAGAAGAACCAUGUGCUACACGGGAGAACGGAACAAGCUCUGUCUGCGCCCGGAUGUGUUCCUGCCCAGUGAAAUCUGUGAUAAGCUGGUUAAUGUGUAUAUGGACCUGGUUUAUACAGACAGUAACUUCGAGGCACAGGAUGGUUUCUUCCAGCUGUUCUCAGACCCUCGCAGCACCAGGCUGACCCGUCUUCAGCUCAGGGAUCUUGUGCGGGACAAAGACGUGGAGGCCAUCAAGAAACAGGACCUGAUAGAGCUGCACCUGACCUCCUGCGAUCACUUGAGCGCCCGCAGCCUGUACACACUCUGCAGCUUCAGACACAGCCUGGUGUCCCUCAGCCUCUUCGGCUGCUCACACAUCUUCUUCAGGAAGGGAGUAGCGCCGCUGGCCUGUGGGGAGGACUACGGUGACGAGGACGAGGAAGAGCGCAUGCCCAGGCAUGCAGUGGACUCUGAGUUUACCUUCCAGGGCUUUAACAGGCUGCGGCUGUUGAAUCUGGGAGGUAUGCAGGCAGUGGUGGAUAUUGAGGCUCUGCUGAAGCCCCUGCCGGCUCUUACCUCUCUGGACCUGUCUGGAGUUUAUCUGCCCCGGCCGGCUUUUCUCGCACAGUGGAGGGACAGACUGGCCUCUCUGGUGCUUUAUAAUGUCGAUCUUUCAGAGGAGCUCAUCAGCACUGUUGUGCAGAUGAGCCGGUUAAGGCACUUGGAUAUCUCUCGGGAGAACCAGCGCAACAGUAAAUUCAAAAUGACAAGGAAAAUCCUGACGAGUAUUGUGCAGAGCCUGGGGAACCUAGUGUCACUAGAUAUUUCUGGUCACAUAAUGCUGGAUAACUGCACCGUGCCACAAUUUGAGGACGCCAUGGGACGCCCCAGCAUCGAGCCGUCUAAGAGCAGUAUCUAUCCCUUCCAGGAGCUCAAGAGGCCACUACAGUUUUUGGGCCUGUAUAACACCACACUCUGCAAUGUCACACACAUCCCUGCCUACAAGGUGACAGGCUCUAAGAAUGAAGAGCAGGUGCUGAAUGCUAUAGAAGCUUAUACUGAAUCCCGUCCUGAGCUGGCCCACAGAGCCAUCAACCAGCUGUUUGACAUCGCCAGGAUACAACACUGCAGCCAGCUGCUCCGAGCACUACAGCUGGUAAUCGCAGCACUGAAGUGUCAUAAAUAUGAUAAGAGCAUUCAAGUGACGGGCAGCGCUGCUCUCUUCUACCUGACCAACACAGAAUACCGCAACGAGCAAAGUGUACGGCUGCGCCGGCAGGUCAUAGAGGUGGUGCUCAAUGGCAUGGAGCAAUAUCAGGAGGUCACGGUCCAGAGGAACUGCUGUCUGACUCUGUGUAACUUCAGUAUACCUGAAGAGUUAGAGUUUCAGUACCACCGGGUUAAUCUGCUGCUGCUGAAGAUUUUGGAGCCGGCGCGGCAGGACGAGUCUAUCCAGCGCAUCGCCGUGCAUCUCUGCAACGCCCUCGUCUGCCAGGUGGACAAUGACCACAAAGAGGCCGUCGGCAAGAUGGGUUUUGUUAAGACCAUGCUGAAUUUAAUACAGAAGAAGCUACAGGACAGAAUGUGUGAUCAGGUGAUGGAGUUUUCGUGGAGCGCUCUGUGGAACAUCACAGACGAGACGCCAGAUAACUGUCAGAUGUUCCUCAACUGCAACGGCAUGGACCUCUUCCUGGACUGCCUGCAGGAGUUCCCAGACAAACAGGAGCUGCAUCGGAACAUGCUGGGGCUGCUGGGUAAUGUGGCAGAGGUUAGAGCACUCAGACCUCAGCUGCUCACCAGCCAGUUCAUCACCGUCUUCAGUAAUCUGCUGGACAGCAAGGCGGACGGGAUCGAGGUGUCCUAUAACGCCUGUGGGGUUCUGUCCCACAUCAUGUUCGACGGGCCUGACGUGUGGAGCGUGGAGGACCCUGAAAGAGAUUGGGUCAUGGACAAAAUGUGGGACGCCAUCCAGAGCUGGGACGUCACCUCCCGCCGGAAUAUCAACUACAGGUCGUUUGAGCCCAUUCUGCGUCUCCUUCCUCAGGGUAUAUCUCCAGUCAGUCAGCACUGGGCCACCUGGGCUCUCUUUAACCUGGUGUCUGUAUAUCCAAGCAAGUACUGUCCUUUAUUAGUGAAGGAGGGAGGAGUUGCUCUGCUGGAGAAAGUUUUAGAGCUGGAUUCUUCUCAGCCAGAGACCAAGGACAUGGCACGUAAAGUGAUGGAGCAGUGUGAGAACUUUAAGGAAGAUCCCAUGGAGACCAGCAGGUAAACGCAGAAGACCAGGAGACCCCGCCCUCACAUCACCGAUCACCAGGUCCACCUUAAAGCACGUGGGCGGCUGCCCCCCCCCCAUCCCCCGUCUCUCCCUCCCUCACUCCCAGGAUGUUUCUGUUGAGCGUCUCCUCUCUGCAGUUUAAUGUGUGUGCUGGCAGUGGCAGCGGCAGCGGCAGCGGCAGUGGCAGCGACAGCGGCAUCAGGGUGGCUGGGCGACUCUCUGUCUCUCUGACAAAACUCUCUCUCCUCCUGUGACACACUAUAGGACGAGUUCAGGAGUGUGUGUGUGUGUGUGUGUGUGUGUGUGAGUGUGUGUUCACACGAGUGUGUGUUUGCGUGUGUGUGUGUGUUUGUUUUUGUGUUGCACAUGAUAAUAAGCAGUAUUUGUAUCAUCUAUUAUAGGUUUUGAGUGUUUUGUCACGCCUUAGUUUUUAUGUGUGUAGAUGGUGAGUAAUGAAUGAGUGAAUAAGUAAAUUGAGUGAUUGAGUGAAAUGAAUCAAUUGUGUGUCCUUAUAAGAAACAAAUCAAAUCCAGUAUGUUCUCUCCUCCUCUCCUCCUAGAGUGAGGACACAAAAAAGGACACAAACACAGAGCAAACAGCCUGCUGACACUCAUCUUUACAGAGAGAGAGUGUGUGAGUGUGUGUGUUUGUGUGUGUGUAUGUAAUUAAAUGAGAUAUAUAUAAUAUAAGCUCAGAUAAGCUUCACUAAGUUGCACAGCGAUUAAGUGUGGUUGUGGUGGGUUUGUUCUCAAGACUUUACUCAGAGCUCAGAACAGAGCGGAUCGAUGAUUUUCGUGGUUCGGGGAGGAAAAAAAAGAGGCAGAAAAGGUCAGUUUUGGCAGGUUUGACGUUCGACUUUUGUCAGAUGUUUUGGACGACCCAUUCUCUCACUCAGGAGUUUGGAUGAUGACUAUCAUCGAUCGAUGGUGCUGAAGGUGCUGACGAUUAAGGAAAAUACUUAUUAUUACUGUUUAUGGUGGAGAGACUUCACUUGCUACCACAAAAUGAACUCUAAAGCCACCGUGGAGAAUCUAUCUCUCUCUCUCUCACACACACACACACACACACA